CCUCUUUCAUUUUUGUUUAGCUUCCGGGUUCGUCUGUAUUAAAGUUAAAAGGUUUCUUCGACUCGUUUUUGGAUUAUCGCUGCCGAGUGCCAACGAGAUGGGUGGAAUUUUUUCCAAAGAAAAAGUAGAGAAUUACAUCCGUAGAUUGCAAGAUAAAAUGGAAGUGCUCUCACUUGCAGAAUAUUAUGGAACCUUGAAGUGUCUCCUAUUUGUCCUACUCAUCGUAGGCAUAUGGAUAGGCUACGAAUUUUUCCGGAGAGAAAAAGUAAAGAAUGAGAUCCGUGAAUUGAAAAAUGAAAUGGAAGUGCGCUCACUUGCCCACAGGUUUUGUGCAGAAUAUUAUGGAACCUUGAAGCUUCUCCUAUAUGUCCUACUUCUCAUCGUAGGCGGCAUAUCGACAGGCUACGAGGCUCUCCGCAAAAAGAAAGUACCGUAUAUUAUGUUCGGCCUCGCCUUUGCCACAUUUUGUUUUCAAAAGUGCUACGAUGCGGUGGAUGAUUCACACGAGAAGCAUUACAAAGCAGAGAAAAAUUGCCAGAGUAUUGCAGACAGAGCGAGGUCUGCUUGUGAUUCCGGCGAAUCGGCGAGUUCUCUACGGAAUAAGUAUGAUGGACUGCUGAAGGACAAGGGAACCUCCAGUGAGAUAAGAUACGAACAGUGGGCUUAUGAAAGAGCAUCUAAAGAAAAAAAUUAAGGAUGGAGAUUAAGGACGAAUAGGAACUGUAGUGUGUACUCUAUAUCUUCCCUGUACUGUGAUGUUUUUCAAACCUUAAUUUGAUUAUUAAUAGCGGAAGUCUUUGAUAGAAAUUUCUAAGCGAAUUAACGAUUGUAUUUCGAUAGAAACUUGAUUCGGCGAAUGCAGAAAAGAUAUCGUACAAAUGUUUUACUCUUCAGGUUCAAGUUGGUGAGCUUUCUGCGAAACAUUAAUAAAUAGAAAAUUGUCAAACAAUACAACGCUGAUGUUAAUUUUUAGCUAAAGAAAUGGAAAAUAUCACUCAGCCAGUUAGACUUAGGAGUGUCGAAUAGUUCCUUUGAGAUUAAGUGAUUAAUUGUGAUACUUUUUUAAAGGACG